AACCCCCAAAAAUUUCAAGAAAAUGCAAACUUAUACCGUUUGGAUUUCAAGUCCGAUUCCCUAUCGGACCUUUUCCCCGUCGGCGUUCUCCUCCGCCGCCGGUGACGGCGCUACCACAUCUAUUUCCGACAUCCAUCCAGAUAUCCUCCGAACUCACAUCUUGACGCGUCUCGACGGCCCGACCCUCGCCGCUGCCGCUUGCACUUCUUCGGAAUUUCACCGUCUCACUUCCGAGCCAAGCCUCUGGGCGGAUAUCUGUCACUCCACCUGGCCGUCAACGGCGACGCAGCGCCUCGACGCUCUGAUUUCGGAAUUUCCCGACGGUCCUCGGUCUUUCUUCAUCGAUUCCUUCCCUCGCCUCUCUUAUCAUUCCGAAACUUCCACCUCUUCUGCUCCGUCGCCGGCAACCUACAUCCGUCGUCGCCGACGUCUCCACCUUCCGCCGGAAUUGAUCUCCGCGGUCGACAUCUACUACCGCGGAGAGAUGAUUUUCAGCAAAGUCGUCGAAACAGAGACCGUUUCCGGAUGGUUCCGUUGCUCGCCGUUUCGAAUCGAUAUGCUCGAUCCUAAGGAUGUAAUUCCAACGCCGAUUAAAUUUCCAAUCGGCGGCGGAAAUGCUUGCCGGGAGCUAGGGGAGGAUUUGACUUUAAGCUGGAUCAUGAUCGACGCUGCUGGACGGCGGGCGAUGAAUAUGUCGAGUUACCGAGCGGUGAGUGUGCAGCGGCACUGGCUGAGCGGGGAGGUGCAGGUGCAAUUCGCCACGGUGUUAGGCGGCGAGAGAGGGACGGCGGCGGAGUGGGUGAAGUGCGGGAUUGCAGUGACGUGCGGAGGAUGGGAGGGAGGGAAUUUACAAGUGAGGGAAGUGAAUUUGGAGGUGGAGGACAUGGAUGGAACAUUUUUGGAUGGGAAGGAUAGUUUGGUAAUUUUGGAGAGGGCGAUGGAGGGUAAAAUGGGAAGAAGAGGGAAGAAAAUAAAGUUGGAGGAGUUUCUUGAGAAGAAAAAUGAGAGGAAAGAAAGGAAGGUGAGAAGAGAAGGGACUUUAGAUAUGAUGUGUUUGGCUUUUGGGUUUUUUGGGUUUGCUACUUUAUGUCUUUGGUUUUUCUUUAGAUGAAAAACUAUAAAAUAUAAUUCAAAAAAUAAACAAUAUUUCUGUUUAUGUGAUAUUUAAGACUAUAAAAUAAAAUAUGACGGAAAAAAAAACUUAAA